ACUCCAUCCAGGUGGCCCACAGGGAGCUUGUUCAUUACGUCAGGCUUAUAGCUAGUUGGCCAGAUGCAGACGACAUGAGGUUAGCUUCACUCGGUAAUCAGUAGCCCAGCUUAACCUUGAUUGAUAAGGAUAAAGGACAGUAUAGUGUAGCAUAUUCUUAAUUUGUUACCUACAGUACAGUGAUUUGGAACAGUGCAACUGAUUUUGUACGUGAAUAACUCAACAUUUUGUUAGUUAUAGGUUUAAAUUAAUUUGUCUCUGGUCCCUAACAAUACAAAACUGAACAAAUAUGGAAAGGUGGCAGGGACGAGUUGCUGUUGUGACCGGAGCCAGUGCCGGCAUAGGAGCUGCCAUAGUGGAGGACUUGGUGGAGAGUGGCAUGGUAGUGGUGGGUCUGGCCAGGAGGGAAGACCGUUUGCUUGACAUGAAGAACAAGCUGCAAGGCAAAUCUGGUACCUUGCAUCCAAUAAAAACUGAUAUCACCAAAGAAGAGGAUUUGAAGAAAGCAUUUAAGUGGAUAAAAGAAAAUUUAGGUGGUGUGGAUGUUAUGGUGAAUAAUGCAGGUGUGCUCAUAACAAGCCAUGCCACAGAUGGCAACAUUGAAGAAUGGCGUAAGAUGUUUGAAUUAAAUGUUUUUGCUGUUGGAGCAUGUGCACGAGAAGCAAUCAACUCAAUGAAGGAACGUAAUGUGGAUGAUGGCCAUAUCAUUAACAUUAACAGCCUGGCUUCUCAUUGGAUUCCUGACUUCCCUGGAAUCACUCCCUAUUCUUCAUCAAAGCAUGCUUCACUGGUCAUCGGUGAAGGUCUAAGAAGAGAGCUUGCAUCAGAAAAGUCUAAAAUUAAAGUUACCAGUAUUAGUCCAGGCAUUGUAGAGACGGAGAUGUUUGAUUCGUUCAGAGGCGGGCAAGAUAUCACCAUUUCAAUAGAACCUCUCACUGCCAAGGACAUCGCAGAUGCUGUCCAUUAUGUCUUGGGUACACCUCCUAAUGUUCAGGUGUGGGAACUCUUAAAGCGGGAAGCUCAGACCGGUGGGUAUGGAAUACACCCCAGGAAGGAGGGGGGCCCUCACCCAGGUCAAUGAAUUAACCAUACGCCCAGUUGGAGAUGGAAUCUAAUGUGGGUCUGCCUUCUGUAUAACUUUACUUCCAUUUUUCAACAUUUACUGUACAAGUUUAUAACAGUGGAUUGUUAAAUUCUGUGAUACCAACUAUGGAUACUCUCACUGAUUCUCAAAUUAAAUACAAAAUCAAUGUUAGCUAAACGUAUUUCAAACAUUUUAUUCCAAUCUAUAUUUAAUGUUUAGUUAACCGCACCCUUCCUUGCAUAUACAAAUAUUGUCAUCUAUAUUAAUAUUAGUAAUAUUUCCUUUUAUGAACUUGUUAAUAAUUCUCAAUGCAAUUUUUUAUGUAUGCUAAUAUAUUAUUUUUGGGUGUUGG